AAUCAAAAAACAAAAUGGGAUACUAUUCCUAAAUUUUGUGAAGUGUAUAAAAAGGGAUUUUAAACUAAAAAUUUGAAUCCAAUUAAAUAAAGACGCCGAUUGAAACAGAAAACCCUAACUCUCUGUUGCCGAUCUAAAGCCCUAAUUCCAAAGUCUCAUCUCCUCCUCCAAAUUCCUGAAAAUCCUGCGUCUCUGCUUCCUUAAUCUUCGUACAAAAAAUGACUGCAGAAAAAGUAAACCCGAAGGCCUACCCUUUGGCUGACGCCCAACUUACAAUCACCAUUCUUGAUCUUGUUCAACAAGCUACUAACUACAAGCAAAUCAAGAAGGGUGCCAAUGAAGCAACCAAGACGCUUAACAGAGGUAUAUCUGAGUUCGUUGUAAUGGCUGCAGACACCGAGCCCCUUGAAAUCCUCCUCCAUCUUCCUCUGUUAGCAGAGGAUAAGAAUGUGCCCUAUGUGUUUGUCCCGUCUAAGCAAGCACUUGGCCGAGCUUGUGGAGUUACAAGGCCUGUUAUAGCUUGUUCUGUGACCACAAACGAAGGAAGCCAAUUGAAGUCGCAAAUACAACAACUCAAGGAUGCGAUUGAGAAGCUCCUGAUUUGAAGAUGUAGGCAAUUGUGAUUUCGGUAUGAUGGGCUUCUUGGUUCAUAGUGGUCGCUCCCUUAGAGGCUUUGACUGAUGAGUGGAGGAAUAUGUAACAAACACUACAGUUUUCUUUUCCAAAAGAUACGAUUUAUUUAAAAAUGAUAACGAUCCUUCAUUCCGAUUGCCAUAUCUUGAUGUUACUUAUCAGUUAGCCAUUUUGUUUCUUUUAGUAAGAUUUGGUUAGAUAUUUGACAAAA